AUGGAGUCUCUUACCACUCACCCAUCCACCGCGCAGCAGGCCAAAGCCUUCACCUCUCCCGCGUCUCUGUCGUUUCCCGGUGGUGCUGGGGAUCUGACACCGCCCUCCUCUGAGAAAGACGGACAAAACCUAAACGGUGGCUCAUACGCAGAUGGGAAGACCAAUGGGCCGCAGGGAGGAAAUGCCAUGCAGGCUCCGCAGACCCCUGGCGCAACUCCUGGCGCUGGAGUGAGUGGUAUUGUACCCACCUUGCAAAAUAUCGUCGCUACGGUCAAUCUGGACUGUCGUCUCGAUCUCAAGACCAUUGCACUCCAUGCUCGCAACGCUGAGUACAAUCCCAAGCGUUUCGCUGCUGUCAUCAUGCGUAUCCGCGACCCCAAAACCACUGCCUUGAUCUUCGCGUCAGGCAAGAUGGUCGUCACUGGCGCAAAGUCGGAAGAUGAUUCGAAACUUGCCAGCCGCAAGUACGCUCGUAUCAUCCAAAAACUGGGCUUCAAUGCCAAGUUCACCGACUUCAAGAUCCAGAACAUUGUCGGCUCAUGCGACAUCAAGUUCCCCAUUCGACUGGAAGGUCUUGCGUCAAAGCAUCAUCCUUUUAGCUCGUAUGAGCCCGAACUAUUUCCGGGUCUCAUCUAUCGCAUGAUCAAGCCAAAGAUCGUCUUGUUGAUCUUUGUCAGUGGCAAGAUUGUGCUCACAGGAGCCAAGGUCCGUGAGGAGAUCUAUCAGGCCUUCGAGCAGAUCUACCCGACGCUAUCAGGUAUGCAUUGA